GCCCAGAUUUCAGUCUGCCUAAAACCUUCAUACGAACACCCGUUCUUCAGCAGUCAGGCUGAAAUUUGCAAAUAUUAAAAAUCUUUCUCACAUAUAUGAGAAAUUUUGAAUCAGUAAUUCUCAAUUUGUAUUUUAGUAAAUACAUUUUCGGUUUGAGGCAUAUUGUUAUCUGUUUUUCAACGAAAAAUAUAUCUUACAAGUAGUUUUUUGUGGGAGAUCUAGAACAGAACAUUCUAGAAGUUAGAGUUAUGUCAAAGCUGAGUUUGGACGGCUUUUUUUCCUACUGCAAGCAAAUAGCAGAACAUAUACAGUUGGGCGAGAGAAUGGCGUCUUUAUCGGGUCAAGGCACGCCCAAGCUGACAUCUUCCGUCGGCAACCUUUACUAUGAUUCCAUCUUGCCGUACCGCGAGGACGCGCAGGCGCAGACGCGGGAGUUCCUCUCGCGCGUCGUCGACGUUCUGCUGGACUUCGUGCACCAGGUCAACGAUAGGAAUGAGAAGAUCUUGGAGUUCAAGAUGCCUGAGGAGAUGAACAAGAUGCUGGACUUCCAGCUGCACGACGAGCCGCUGCCGCUCAAGCAGCUGCUCGAGGACUGCAAGGUGGCGCUCAAGCACCAGGUCAAGACUGGUCACCCCCACUUCUUCAACCAGCUCUCCUGCGGUCUGGACAUCAUCUCCCUCGCAGGCGAGUGGCUGACAGCCGCCGCCAACACCAACAUGUUCACGUACGAGAUCGCGCCCGUCUUCAUCCUCAUGGAGAAUGUGGUGCUGGAGAAGAUGAGGAGCAUGAUCGGGUGGAAGACUGGGGAUUCUAUAUUGGCUCCUGGUGGUUCCAUCUCGAACCUGUACGCGUUCCUGGCGGCGCGUCACCACAAGUUCCCGCAGUACAAGGAGAAGGGGCUCUCCAGCAUCCCCGGACACCUCGUCAUGUUCACCUCCGACCAGUGCCAUUACUCGGUGAAGUCCUGCGCGUCAGUUUGCGGUCUCGGCACGGACUACUGCAUCUGCGUGCCGUCGGACGAGCGCGGGCGCAUGAUCCCCGCUGAGCUCGAGCGACUUGUCAAGUACCAUAAGGAUAGAGGCAAUGUGCCGUUCUUCGUGAACGCGACGUCGGGCACGACGGUGCUGGGCGCGUUCGACCCGCUCGAGGACAUCGCCGACAUCUGUCAGAAGUACGACAUGUGGAUGCACGUCGAUGCUGCGUGGGGAGGUGGUCUGCUAUUCUCUAAGAAGUACCGACACCCUCGUCUCACUGGCGUUGAGAGGGCGGACUCGGUGACGUGGAACCCGCACAAGUUGAUGGGCACUCUGCUGCAGUGCUCCACCGUGCACUUCAAGUAUGAGGGUAUCCUGCUGAACUGCAACGCGAUGUCAGCGGAGUACCUGUUCAUGACGGACAAGAUCUACGACCCCAAGUACGACACGGGAGACAAGGUCAUCCAGUGCGGCAGACACAACGACAUCUUCAAGCUGUGGCUGCAGUGGCGCGGGAAGGGCACCUCCGGCUUCGAGCGCCACAUGGACCGCCUGAUGGAGCUGGCGGAGUACCAGGUGCGGCGCAUCAAGGAGCAGCCCGACAAGUUCCACCUCAUCCUCGAGCCCGAGAUGGUGAACGUGUCCUUCUGGUACCUGCCCAAGCAGCUGCGGGGCAUACCGCAUGAUGCGCACAAGGAGAUCAAACUUGGCAAGGUUUGCGCCAAACUGAAAGGCAAGAUGAUGCAAUCUGGCACGCUCAUGGUUGGCUACCAGCCUGACGACCGCCGCCCCAACUUCUUCCGCAGCAUCAUCUCCUCAGCAGCCGUCACCGAGAAGGACGUCGACUUCAUGCUGGCAGAGAUGGACCGUCUCGGUCAGGACAUUGUCGUCGACUAAAUGUUACAAGCUUUAAUUGUAGCGGGUGGGUGGUGACGGCUGGUUUUUCUUAACUUAGAAAGGAUGAUUUUGGACGGAAAAUUUACAGGUUUGGGAUUAAUGAGGAGUGUAAAAAGGUUGAUUGUUUAUUCUCUAGGUGUUAAAUAUUUCUCCCAAUAGUAUAUAAAACUUCGAUGUUAAUAAUUCAUGUUUCAUGUUGAUCAAAAACUGUUUUUUAAAUGAGGAAACUGCCGUCAUUACACCUACUUUUAAAUUUAAAUAAUACAUAUGUUACGUAAAUGUAUCGAAUGAUCUAGUGUAUUAUUUAUCUAGAUGUUUUCUGCUGUAAAAUAUGCUCAGUCGUAGGUGUGAGAGGAGAAAUAACGUUCACUCAUUGAUAACUUAACUACACGCUUCACUAACGCCAUCUCUUGACGAGUAGCUGAACUAAGUUUCACGUAGUUUUACUAACAUUGAGUAUUUUUGUUGUCGUACUUUUACAAAACAAACGGAAUUGAUUGGUUUUUGAGUGAAUUUUUAUGGCCGAGUGUGUCUUGUUCGUUGGAAUAAGUAAUUUAAAGUUCAUAGAUUAAUUUUAGUAAUCGUUUAGGAUUAUAUUCGGUAAUUUCUCAUUUGAUUAGCUAAGCGACAAGUCUUGAUGAUAAGUCGUUAUAGAAUUUAGAAUACUUUUUAGUAAAUCAACAACGACACGUUUUUUAUCUUUUAAAUAUGUAAUAGUUGAACCUUGCUUGAUCCUACUUUAAUCAGAUGUAUUUUAAAUAACAAUAAUAUCCUUAAAGUUUUCGUGUAUUGAAUGACUCCUCUAAAUAGCGGUCCACAGUCUUCCAAAAUAUAAAAAUCAUAAUAUAAUUUGUUUAAGAGAUUAUAACGAGCCGUCUCUUCGUAAUUAAUUAAUAUAAAAUAAAUAUAUUUAUUGAAUGUUGGCCGUUCCCUUCGCAUAUAAUAUACUUAUAUAAAUAUAUAUUUAAAAUAUUUAUCCAUUAUCGAAAUUAAAUAUAUUGACAAUGAGAAUAUAUUUUCAAAUAGAAAUAAGUAAUAAAUAAUAUUUAGAUGGGAUUAAAAAGCUCAAAUUGGCCAGAUGAAUGUGCGAUGAAUGUAGAUUAUUUUUGUUGAAUAGUUAUGAGAUUUGUGAGUGUGUGUGUGUAAGUGAGGCAAUCUUAAUGCAUCUGUGAGUUUUGACGAACGACUGUAAAUGUCUAGUAGGUAUGUAAUUAUUUAUUUAUAUAUUGCUUAUGUUACAUUUAAAACGAGCUAUGUAACUGAGCCUAAACAUAUUAAAAGGCAAUGGUUGGUAUACAUUAAAACUAUAUAUAGGAAAUUAUUUCUGUUAAAAGCUAUACAAGUAGGUAAAUAUAUUUGUUUUGGUGAGUGUAAGUGCGCCUAGCGUGUGAAGUGAAUGGUAGAUAUACGUUAUAAACAUAUUUUUAGAUUUGUCGAAUUUUAUUUCACAAUAUUUAAAGUGUAUGUUAAGUGUCAAAUUGAUAUGUAUACAUAUAAAAAUAUAUAUUGAUAUCAAAAUCACUUGGCGCGUCUUCACUCAGAUCAUUUGGUCAUGUGAUUUUACAAGCGAUAGUUAAGUAUGAAGAAAUUAACGAAUUCAGAGGAUUAAGGUUUAUUAAAAUUGCUCUAAAUAUGUCCAUUGCCAUAAAGUAAAAGCUCAUUGUCGAAUGAUCAGUGUAGGCGCGCCCUUAUACAAAACAUAUCUCCCGUUUUGCCAAUUAACGAGUAUUAUUAAAUUUUUAUAUGUUGUAAAGCGCAGUGUAGUUACAGCUUUUCGGGUGCUUAUUGAAAAAUUAAAAUAUUUUUAGUUAACGCCAAAGGCAUGUCUCGGAGACAAUAAUAAAAAAUAUUUUUUAAAUAAACGCAUAGCGCCAUCUUUUGACGAAUAGCUUAAACAAAAGUUGAAGCUUUUCGCCGCUAGAUGGCGCUUUAAAAAUAAUGUUAAGAUGAAUAAUUUCAUGUGUAAUACGCAAUAAAUUAUAUUUAUUCAUUUUAUCAGUGUUAGACGUACGUGUUUCGAUGUUUAGAUGUAAGUUAGAUUAAGUGUUAAUUUUGGUAAAUUCUUUAAUACGUUAUAUUGAAUUUAAUUCACAUUUACUAAUUUCAAUUGUUAGUAUUCAGUUGAGUCAUACUCAACACGUAAUUACUAUUAUUAUGUGAUUCAUGUACCUAUAUCCUAUCCUAUACCUUUGUUAAAGUCCUAUUACUCUUUUAUUUGUUUAGUAAAUAGUAAAUCUUAGAAUAAGAUAAGUAUGUAAAUAUAGUAAAAAAUACGAUGUGACGAUGACAAUAGAAAGAGUAGAAUAGGAUUUGCGGGAGAAAAAUCUUCGUUUACGCGAAGAUGGAGUAAAAUAAGUAUUAAUUGGUGUUCGAGUAUAAAUUAGAUAAAUAAAUGUUUUGUUUGUUGAGCAGGAAUUGUAUGUUAGGACUUAUAUCUAGCAGCCAAUAGCAGAUGUUUGAGAAAUCUUAGUUUGAAAUUGAAAAUUGAUACUAUCCGUCAAAUUAUAAAAUUAAUAAUGUGUAAAUAUGUAGUGCGUGAGUGUUGUAAGUGCUUCUGAUGCACAGGUUUUUGAAAGUAUUCUCUACAUACUAAUUCAGCAAAAUUAAACAGUUUACUUCUUAAAAAACUUGUAAUAAGUUAUGAAUAACAAUUUAGCAAGAUUGUUUGUAAGCACGCUGUAUUCUUCAGUAAAUUAAUUCUUCUUCUUGAUACCAGGUGGCAGUACGCUAGCAAAGUAGUACUCUUUGGAUUAUACUCUAAAAUAAACAACCGAAUCUCAGUGCUUCCAAUUUAUAUAGUUCAUAAGUAUAUUAUAGGAAUGGAAAUAUAUUUUCAAUGUCAAAAUAAUAUCACGUAUAAUAAAAUAUAUACUUUGAAGUCUUCCAAAAUGUCUUCCGUUAUAUAAUUUGUGUUCAUAAUAUGUAUGAAUAUAUAAUAGAUAUAGUAUAUACUAGAGUUUCGAAAGGUUUAGCGUUUAGAGGCAAUAUACUGUUCACUUUUUGAUCACUUAUAAUGUGAGACAAAAUUAGUAAAACUAUCCUAUUAUUGUUGCUAUAUGUAAAAAUCUGUAUAACCAAAUAAAUGGUAUUGUUGUUA